UUGGACAUGACUAUUAAAUCGAAAGAUUUCAAAUUUGUGACCUGGUUGUCUCUAGAGCUGGGACCUCCGAAGGCUACGGAACUAGUCGGUUACGUGGAACGACGCUGUAAAAAUUUUAAGUGGAAAGUGCGAUACGAGGAACUCGAAAGGGAAAGGAAGAAAGUCGUUGAGAUCGAGUUCGUUCCUUGUGAGUGCGAAGACGAAGAGGACGAAUUUUUUCAGAACUCAUCCGCAUUGGUAAAGUCUAAGUUUUUACUUGCUUUAAAUAACUCGAUUUAUCAAAAUGACGAUUUUAAACGUCGGUCGACUUUUCAGGCUAGCGGUGAAGACUCUUUGGAUUAA